AUUCUUACCUUUGGAACGCAUACUCCACUCUCAGUGGGGUGCACGUUUGAAUCAGUCAUGAUUGACGUCUCCUCUGCAGUAUUUAACAAUGAAGAGACUGAUCCUGAAACAGUUAAGCCUCUCGGAACCACUCUCCCUCUCAGUCUAAGCAAUGGAGAGUGUUGUCUUGUAUCCAUCACCAGGGAUGGGUCACCUGAUCUCAAUGGUGGAGCUUGGAAAGCUUUUACUGAAACACCAUCCUUCAUUCUCCAUCACCAUAUUCAUUGUCACUCCACCUUACAACACUGGCUCUACUGCUCCUUAUCUCGCCCGCGUCUCCUCCACCAUUCCUUCCAUCACUUUCCACCACCUCCCCACCAUUUCUCUCCCUCUCGAUUCUUUCUCCUCUCCCAACCAUGAAACCCUUGCUUUCGAGCUCCUCCGCCUCAACAACCCUAACGUCCACCAGGCCCUUGUGUCCAUCUCCAACAAUUCCUCCGUCCGUGCCCUUAUCGUUGAUUCCUUCUGUACAGCGGCGCUUUCUGUGGCUGCUCAACUCAACAUUCCAUGCUACUAUUUCUUCACUUCUGGCGCCUGCUGCCUCGCUUCCUUCCUUUACCUCCCUUUCAUUCACCAGCAGACUACCAAAAGCUUUAAAGACCUCAACACCCAUCUCCAUAUUCCGGGUUUACCGCCGGUACCGGCCUCUGACAUGGCGAAGCCGAUACUUGACAGAGAGGAUGAGGCUUAUGAGUUCUUCCUAAACAUGUCCAUGCACUUGCCAAGAUCAGCUGGAAUCAUUGUGAACACCUUUGAAGCGCUUGAACCAAGAGCUGUCAAAACGAUUUUGGAUGGGCUCUGCGUCCUUGACGGUCCAACCCCACCAAUAUUCUGCAUAGGACCAUUAAUUGCAGCUGAUGAUCGAUCCGGUGGUGGUGGAGGGGGAGGUAGCGGCAUUCCUGAGUGUUUGACAUGGCUCGAAUCUCAACCAAAACGCAGCGUUUUGUUCUUGUGUUUUGGGAGCUUGGGUUUGUUCUCAGAAGAACAGUUGAAGGAGAUAGCGGUUGGGUUAGAGAGGAGUGGGCAGAGGUUCUUGUGGGUAGUGCGGAGCCCACCCUCCAAGGACCCGAGCAGGCGUUUUUUAGCACCACCGGAACCGGAUUUGAAUUCCCUUCUCCCAGAUGGGUUUUUGGAUCGAACAAAGGAGAGGGGCCUAGUGGUGAAGUCGUGGGCGCCUCAGGUGGCCGUCUUGAAUCACGCCUCUGUUGGAGGGUUUGUGACUCACUGUGGGUGGAACUCAGUGCUUGAAGCUGUGUGCGCAGGCGUGCCAAUGGUGGCAUGGCCACUAUAUGCCGAGCAAAGGUUUAACAGGGUGGUGCUGGUGGAGGAAAUGAAGCUAGCCUUUCCAAUGGAAGAGUCGGAAGAAGGGUUUGUUACUGCAACUGAGGUUGAGAAGCGAGUCAGAGAGUUGAUGGAGUCGGAGGAAGGAAACACCCUUCGUCUCCGGAUCAUGGCCAUGAAAGAAGCUGCUGAGACUGCAAUGAGCGACGGUGGAUCAUCCCGCACCGCAUUAACAAAACUGGUCAAGUCAUGGAGGCCAGGAUGAUUGAAAGAGAAGGCUGUUCGUCUUAGCUUUCAAUUUCUUCCAAAUCCCGAUUAUUCGGUACCACUUCAACCUAGCAAUUGUUUAAUUAGCAAAAUUUUGCAUUUCUUUUAGCAGUUCAAUUUUAUUGUGUUCUUGGGUAUUAA